CCUCUCUCCGGUCGACAGCGACCAAAAACGUUUCCAACCAUCUUUCAACAACAACCAGCUCGACUUGGAAUAACAAAACGGCCCCUGCCGCUCGCGCUCUUCAUCCUCCACUCCUCGCACGGCACACGCCCUUCCCACGCCUCUCCCUCACUCCUUUUUAAUCGCUGCCUCUUAUCCAGACCUCCCCUUCUCGUCUUCUUGCAAUGUCCGGCGCCCAGACUCCGCUUGGAGCAUCCGACAUGAACUCGUCAACCAUCAGCCUCCCGCCCCGGCCACAGCAGCAGGCCUCGGUCGGUAACGACCGCAAGACUAAGAGCUCGUUCGGGUACGAGAGCACCAUGAGCCUCCUCGUCGACAGCCUCAAGGACCGCCUGCUCUUUGCCAUCCCCAAGAAGGGGCGCCUGUACGAGAAGACGGUCGAGCUGCUCGCCGGUGCCGACAUCAAGUACAACCGCGCGCACCGUCUUGAUGUUGCGCUUGUGCAGAACCACCCCAUUGCUCUCGUUUUCCUCCCUGCCGCCGAAAUCCCCCGCUUCGUCGCCCUCGGCUCCGUCUCGCUCGGCAUCACCGGGCAGGACGUCAUCGCCGAGUCCAAACAGGGCCCACUGAUCCAGGAGCUCCUGCCACUCGGCUUCGGCAAGUGCAAGCUGCAGGUGCAGGUGCCCGUGACGGGGCCUAUCCAGAGCGUCGAGCAGCUCUCGGGCAACCGCGUCGCUACAUCCUUCGAGGUCCUCGCAACCGCUCUGUUCAAGGACAUCGAUGCCCAGACCCAGUCCGCUAAGAAGACUUCGGUCGAGUACCUUGGCGGCUCGGUGGAGGCGGCGUGUGCCCUCGGCAUGGCGGAUGGUAUCGUUGACCUUGUUGAAUCCGGCGACACGAUGCGCGCGGCCGGCCUCCACGCCAUCCACACGCUCAUGGACUCGCAGGCGGUCCUCAUUACGCCCGCGACGCCGCACGCCUCCCUGACCCCCGAGCUCGCACCACUCAUCAACCUCGUCAAGAGCCGCAUUGCCGGUGUCAUCGCCGCCAAGAAGUAUGUGUACAUGUCGUACAACGUGCCCCGCGCUCAGCUCGACGUCGCACUCAAGAUCACGCCGGGCCGCCGCGCGCCAACCGUCUCCCCGCUCGAGGGCGACGGGUGGGUCGCUGUCAGCUCGAUGGUGGAGCGCAAGUCGAUGGCGGCGACGAUGGACGAGCUCGAGAAGACGGGGGCUGAGGACAUUCUGGUCCUCCCUCUCGACAACUGCCGUGUCGGCGUCUAGGCGAGGAUAGAUUAGCUAGUUGCGAGGGCGAGGAGUAUGCAUACCUUGCGGAUAU